CGCGCCAAAAGUGAAGCGCUUGUUGUGGUGGCGGCAGAGUUAGGGAGUGCACGCUUUUUACGCCGAUUGCAUACCUUCCUGUCCACGAAAUGGCUGAGAAAGUUCGUGACUAUGAUCGUGAGAAAGAGUCCAUCAAGACAUUUCUGGCGGAGUUCAAUGAAGUGGGAGAAGACGGUCGCAAGCACUUCAAGUACGGCGUCCAGCUGGUGAACCUUGCACACCGGGAGCAGACCAGCCUCUCCAUUGACGUAGAUGAUGUGGUUGAGUUUGACCCUGACAUGGCAGAGGCAGUGGUGCAGAACACCCGCCGUUAUGUCAUGCUCUUUUCUGAUGUUGUACAGGAGAUGCUACCAGAUUACAAGCAGAGAGAAACAGUGGCUCGUGAUGCACUUGAUGUAUACAUUGAACACCGUCUUAUGAUGGAGCAGCGUCUCCGCCAGCCAGGUGAACCACACGAGUCUCAGAACAGAUACCCUCCAGAGCUGAUGAGGAGAUUUGAAGUGUACUUCAAAACCCCAUCAACACAGAAGCCACAAGCCAUCCGCUCAGUAAAGGCUUCACACAUUGGCAAGCUGGUGCAGGUGCGGGGCAUUAUCACACGCUGCACUGAAGUGAAGCCCAUGCUGCAGGUGGCCACCUAUACUUGUGACCAGUGUGGUGCCGAAACUUAUCAACCUAUCAGUUCGACCAGCUUCAUGCCACAGCUGCUGUGUCCUGGCACAGACUGCCGUGUCAACAAGUCUGGUGGUCGCCUCUACCUGCAGACUCGUGGCUCCAAAUUUAUAAAGUUCCAGGAACUUAAGAUUCAAGAACACUCUGACCAGGUGCCAGUUGGAAACAUCCCUCGCUCCUUAACAAUUAUGUGCCGGGGUGAGCAGACCAGACGAUGCCAGCCAGGAGAUCACGUAGCCAUCACAGGAAUCUUCCUGCCCAUGGUUCGUCAUGGCUUCAAGGCAAUCGUGCAGGGACUCCUGUCAGACACCUAUUUGGAUGCUCAUAGAAUUGUCAAGAUGAACAAGACAGAAGAUGAUGAACUUGGAAAUGAGGAGAUGACUGAAGCAGAGAUUAAGCAAAUAGCAGAGCAAGACUUCUAUGACAAACUAGCAACCUCUAUUGCCCCAGAGAUUUAUGGUCAUGAGGAUGUGAAAAAAGCACUUUUGUUGCUGCUUGUGGGUGGUGUGGAUUGUAAUCCCAAUGGCAUGAAGAUCCGAGGUAGCAUUAACAUCUGUCUCAUGGGAGACCCUGGUGUGGCCAAGUCCCAGCUUUUGUCCUACAUCGACCGUCUGGCUCCCCGCAGCCAGUACACCACUGGCCGAGGCUCAAGUGGUGUGGGCCUCACCGCCGCUGUCAUGAAGGAUCCACUAACAGGGGAAAUGACCUUGGAGGGCGGGGCACUUGUUCUUGCUGACCAGGGAAUCUGUUGCAUUGAUGAGUUUGACAAGAUGGCUGAUGCUGACAGGACUGCAAUUCAUGAAGUGAUGGAACAGCAGACCAUCUCUAUUGCUAAGGCUGGGAUAAUGACAAGCCUCAAUGCCCGUGUGAGCAUCCUUGCUGCUGCCAACCCUGCUUAUGGCCGCUACAACCCCAAGAAGACUGUGGAGCAGAACAUCCAGCUGCCUGCUGCUCUCUUGUCUCGGUUUGACCUCCUUUGGCUUAUUCAAGACAGGCCAGAUCGGGAGAAUGAUCUAAGGCUUGCCCAGCACAUCACUUACGUCCACCAGCACUGUGCACAGCCUCCAACUCAGUUCAAUCCUUUGGGAAUGAAGCUAAUGAGACGCUACAUUGCCCUCUGCAAGAAAAAGAUGCCAACCAUCCCAGAGAAUCUGACAGACUACAUAGUGUCAGCCUACGUAGAGAUGCGCAAGGAAGCACGCAACAACAAAGACACCACUUUCACCUCAGCACGUACACUGCUUGGUGUGCUUCGCCUCGCUACUGCUCUGGCGCGCCUCAGGCUUGUGGAUGUGGUUGAUAAGGAGGAUGUCAAUGAGGCAAUGCGGCUCAUGGAGAUGAGUAAAGACUCCCUCACUCACAACAAUGACAAGAUUGGAAGGGCUCAGACAAUAACAGACAAGAUCUUCACACUCAUUCGUGAAAUUGCUGGAGAAAAUCGCAAUAUCAAAUUGGCAGACAUCCUUGAGCAGUGCACCAGCAAGGGAUACAAACCAGAUCAGGUGAAUGAGUGUAUUGAAGAGUAUGAGGAGCUUAAUGUGUGGUUCUUGAACCAGGCACGCACCAAACUGAUGUUUGUGUGAAGGUAUGAACCAUGAUGAACUAGUGGUUCUUGAAAUAUUGUUUACAUUUGUAAUUCUUCAUUGUACUCUUUAUUUUCAUUAUGUAUUAUUAUUUCAUUAUUCUUAUAUGAUAUUUCAGUCCUUAUAACAUCCUUCCACACAUUUGAUAUUUCAGUCAGAUUAAUGUAUUAUUACAUCUCCCAUACUUCUUAUAUGAGAUAUAUCUUUGUGGGAAGUACAAAUCAUAACAUCAUGUAAGGAUGUUAGGGUCACAGAUUUAGACAUCUGUUUCAGGAAUUGUAGAGUACAUAUGAUAGAUUUUUUACUAAAGAUUUAUUUUUCAUAAAUUAGAAUUUUAUAUGCAUAAGUAUUUUUGAGUUAAAGAAAAUAUGGAGCUGUAGACUGUAUGUAUUGACACUUGCCUAAUGCUUUCAUAUUAGGGGUGUCAUUUGUGCUUUUUUUUUUGUGUGUGUGUGUAAUUUAGCUAAUAAAUGUUGGUUAUUAUGA